GCGCUUGCUGAGAGCGCGCGGCCCUCGUGGGCUCCCACUCACUCGCAGCGGCGGCCGAGCCCGAGCGCUUUCCCCGUCCCGUCAACAAACAGGCCGAGGCCCCAAAAUGCCCAUUUUACUCUUCCUCAUAGACACGUCCGCCUCCAUGAACCAGCGGACUUACCUGGGAACCACCUUUCUGGACAUCGCGAAAGGCGCCGUGGAGAUUUUCAUGAAGCUCCGGGCCCGGGACCCCGCCAGCCGCGGCGACAGGUACAUGCUGGUGACGUUCGACGAGCCGCCCUACGGCAUUAAGGCUGGCUGGAAAGAAAACCAUGCGACUUUCAUGAACGAGCUGAAGAAUCUUCAGGCAACAGGCCUCACCACACUCGGGCAAGCUCUGCGGACAUCCUUCGAUUUGUUAAAUCUGAACCGUUUGGUUUCUGGAAUAGAUAAUUAUGGUCAGGGGAGGAACCCUUUUUUUCUUGAACCAUCUGUUAUAAUCACCAUCUCUGAUGGAAGCAAAAUGACAAAUAAUGGUGGGGUGCAAGAGGAGCUUCACCUGCCGUUAAACUCCCCCUUGCCUGGCAGUGAAUUAACAAAAGAACCAUUCCGUUGGGAUCAGAGGUUGUUUGCACUGGUCCUUCGUCUCCCUGGUGCUUCAUCUCUCGAAGCAGAGCAGCUUGGCAGUGUACCUUCAGAUGAGUCUGCAGUAACCCAAAUGUGUGAAGUAACAGGAGGUCGGUCCUACUGUGUGCGCACACAGCGAAUGUUAAACCAGUGCCUAGAAUCCUUAGUACAGAAGGUCCAAAGUGGAGUGGUUAUUAAUUUUGAAAAAACUGGACCAGACCCAAUGCCAGUUGGAGAAGAUUGUAUUGUUGAACCACCUCGAGCAACCUCUUUAUUUACUCCUCAAGCUUGGCAUAGCUGUCACAAACUGAUUUACGUGCGACCAAACCCCAAGACGGGCGUACCUGUUGGACACUGGCCAAUCCCUGAAUCUUUCUGGCCGGAUCAAAACUCCCCCACACUGCCUCCACGUACUGCUCACCCUGUAGUAAGGUUCUCCUGUGCUGAUUGUGAACCAAUGGUCAUUGACAAAUUGCCCUUUGACAAAUACGAACUCGAACCCUCACCUUUGACCCAGUACAUUCUAGAGCGUAAAUCCCCUCACACCUGCUGGCAGGUGUUUGUGAGCAGUAGUGGAAAAUACAGUGACCUGGGCCAUCCGUUCGGCUACCUUAAGGCGAGCACAACAUUAACCUGUGUGAAUCUCUUUGUUAUGCCUUACAACUACCCGGUGCUGCUACCACAGCUUGAUGAUUUGUUCAAAGUGCACAAACUGAAACCAAAUCUGAAGUGGCGCCAAACCUUUGAGAAUUACUUGAAGACCAUGCCUCCAUAUUAUCUGUUGCCAUUGAAAAAAGCACUGCGGAUGAUGGGAGCUCCCAAUUUAAUCGGUGACAAUAGUAUUGAUUGUGGGCUCAGUUACAGUGUCAUUUCUUACCUCAAGAAACUCAGCCAACAGGCCAAGAUCGAGUCAGACCGUAUAAUUACAUCCGUUGGGAAAAAGACCCCACAGGAGGUGGGAAUCAAAGUUAAAAACCAGUCUAGUGUUCUGUCCCUGGCUCAUCGCAGAGACUUCAAGCAGCUGCUGCAAGGAAUCACGGGGGAAGUGCCCCUCAGGCCUAUGGAACUGAGCAUGAAGGAGUUUGCUGGCUUUCAGAUUGCAAUCCUAAACAAGGAUGUUAAGCCUCAGACUUACAGGAAUGCCUACGAUAUUCCUCGACGGAGCCUGUUAGACCAGCUAACUAGAAUGAGAUCCAAUCUACUUAAAACAACCCAGAAACUGAUCCGUGGACAAGAUGAAGAUUAUCUACACAGCAUUCCUGUGGCACAGAUGGGUAACUAUCAAGAAUACCUGAAACUUAUGCCUUCUCCUCUUCGUGAGAUUGACCCAGAUCAACCCAAACGGCUCCAUACAUUUGGCAAUCCUUUCAAGCAGGACAAGAAGGGAAUGAUGAUCGAUGAGGCAGAUGAGUUUGUGGCAGGGCCACAGAACAAGGUGAAACGGCCUGGAGAAUCCAAUGCACCUGGAUCGCUGAAGAGAAGGCGUAGCAUGUCACCGUUGCUGCGGCGACCUCAGACCCCACCCAUCAUCAAUCAUAUUGGAGGAAAGGGACCUCCUUCAACUCCAAGUCCAGGAGCCCAACCAACACCCAACCUUGUAAAACCUAUCACAGUACAUAAAGAUAUAAAUAACGUUACAUUGGUAGAUUCCAGUGGAGAGAAGAGGAUGGAUGACUGGCAACCAUCAGAGAAACCAGCUGAAGAUGUACUCGUAACUUCCCCAACAGAUGGACCUGCAUCAACAUCCACUCUCACAACAGCAGAUAACAUGCUGCCCAGUGAUUUUCACGUUGUCCCAGAGCUCAAUCACGUGGCUGAGGAUGUACUUGAUCAUAAACUGGGGUCAGAUAUGGUUAUGAGAGACUCAUUGGAGAGUCCAUCUGAGACCGAUGAUGAAACAGAUGUGGCAGUAGAAAGCAAUCGAGGCUUAUCCUUGGCCGCCUCUGACAGAGUACAAGUUCAGCCAGUUGUGGAAGGGAACAAUGCUGAACUCAGGAUUAGAGUUAUGAAGGAGAUUCGCAAGCCAGGGAGAAACUAUGACAGACUCUUCAGGCUACUGGAGGACAUACAAGGUCCUUUAGAAAUUCAGAGGAAUUUCAUUCAGAAUACUAUCAAAGAAGCUGCCAGGUUUAAAAGACGAGUGUUAAUACAGCAGCUAGAAAGAGUACUAGAAGAUGUUAUUUCGAGGUCUUUGUCAGCACAGAUCAACCAUGUCAACAGCAGAUAGUCCACGUAGCGGACCAUGGACCAGGAAUGUACUUCCCUGUCUCUGUGUACAGCGCAUGAACGCUUGUAACUUGCUGGCUUUAAUCAUCCUUUCACCCCAGUGACAUUAGCUUCUCUUGGAAGCGCAUCUUGGGACAGCAGGUCUUGUGGAACAGAAGCUCUGUUGGAUUGUUUGAAGAGUUUUGCUGGUAUCGUGAGCAGCCAUUGCUCCAGGAGAGAGAUGUGGGGAAGAGUCGGAUAAUGUCCACAAUCCUCCUCUUGUGUAGCUGCUUUUCUGCGGCCUGUUAUUGUGGAAGCUUGAGUCUGGGGGCUACGUUUUUGCAUAGUUCACAUAUGGUGCCAUUUUUGUUUUGGCACAUGAACCAGGCACUGGGGGGAAAAAAUGAGAGUAUUUUAUUUAAAAAGAAAAAAACCUGAAAAUUAAAUAUGGGGAAGAAACCAUCUACCUCAGACUCACUUUACUGUUUUGUCUGCAGACUUGUUGAAAGCUCACUUGUGGCUAAUUCCUCCUUAGUUGUGUUCCAGCCCAUGAGGAGGAUGCUGUCUGACCGAGUGGACUUUUUACAAUGUGCUUUGGAAGCACUAAAGUGGAUACAGAACAUAUUGACCUUUUUAUUGUUCAUAUGAGAGGAAUUAUUUUUGAACCACGUUGUUACAAAAUAAAACACCAAAUUGUCAUAUUUUAAAGUGUGAAGUAACUUUUGUAACUUCUAUCUAUUGAAAUAAAAACAGUUUAUCAUGAAA